CCACCCAAAGUCAUGGACUCGACCAUUUUUGCCUUCUUCUUCGUUGUUUUCCUUUCUACCACUAGAGCAUUUGAUCCAUGUCCAUCAUUAAAACAAAAAUCAGACUUGUCUGAUCUUUCCAUCAUUCACAUUUAUGGAAAAUGUUCACCUUUCGAUUCACCAAAACCAACUUCUUCAUGGACCACAACCAUUCUCGAUAUGGCCACCAAAGACCCUCAAAGGCUAACAUACUUGUCAAGCCUUGUUGCCACAAAGCCCGCAUCUUCGGUGCCAAUUGGCCCAGGUCAAGUCAUAAAUAUUGGUAAUUAUGUUGCCCGUGUGAAAAUUGGCACACCUGGUCAACUCAUGUUCAUGGUUUUGGACACAAGUGCAGACACUGCAUGGGUACCAUGUAGUGGUUGCACGGGGUGUUCGUCUACUGUGUUUUCUCAAACCACAUCAACCACUUACGGGUCAUUGGAUUGUACCACUUCUGAGUGUGUCCAGGCUCAUGGGCUUUCAUGCCCAACAUCGGGAUCCACUAUUGGUAAUUGCUUGUUUAACCAAUCAUAUGGUGGUGAUUCCUCCUUUUUAGCUACUUUAUCUCGUGACUCUCUUCAAUUGGCCAAUGACAUAAUUCCUAGCUAUGUUUUUGGGUGCAUUGGCAAUAUCUCAGGGAAAUCUAUCCCUCCUCAAGGGUUAUUGGGAUUGGGCCGAGGAUCCAUGUCGCUACUUUCUCAAUCAAGUUCCCUUUACUCCGGUGUGUUUUCAUAUUGUCUCCCUAGUUUUAGAUCGUACUACUUCUCAGGAUCACUUAGGCUUGGGCCAAAUGGCCAACCGAAAACUAUAAAGUAUACACCACUUCUAAAAAAUCCACAUCGACCUUCAUUGUACUAUGUGAACUUCACCGGUAUAAGCGUUGGUCAAGUCAAGGUAGAAAUACCUCCAGAGCUACUAGAGUUCAACCUCAACACCGGUGCAGGAACCAUCAUUGAUUCAGGCACUGUUAUAACCCGAUUUGUUCCUGACGCCUACAACAAAAUCAAGGAGGUGUUUAGAAACCAAACACAAGGUCCGUUUUCGUCAUUAGGUGCCUUUGACACGUGUUUCUCAGUGACUCAUGAAGAUGUAACCCCAAGGGUGACACUACAUUUUAUGGGAUUGGACAUAGUUCUACCUAUGGAGAACACAUUGAUUCAUAGUAGCGCGGGGACUCUCGCCUGCUUGGCAAUGGCAUCAACCCCCAAUAACGUGAACUCAGGGUUGAAUGUCAUUGCUAAUUUGCAACAACAAAAUUUAAGGAUUUUGUUUGAUGUCCCCAACUCUCGUGUUGGAAUCACUCAUGAAAUUUGCAACUAGAAUCACUGAACUCAUCUUUGUAUCUUCUUGGAUUGAUGAUAAUAAAUCAAACCCAAGCUAUAUUUAUUGAGAGUAAAUAAUUAAAAUGCUUAUUGAUGUGCUAAAA